AUGAACCUGAUCAACAUACGAGUAGUACUGCUGUCGGCUAUGCUGAUAGCAAUUAUCUACAAUAAACAAUUACAAACAACCAUUGGUACAACGCAGCAAGUAAAUAUUAUACAUCAUAAAGAACAAACAACAUGGGUUGCACGUAGUAUCCAGCUGACAUCGAAAACUAGGAAGCUACAGUCCUUGAACAACGUAAAUAAAAAAAUCCAACACACCCUCAUAUAUUUGAGUUUUAUUUUAUUAAUAAGAUCAGCAGAUAUUGAACUUAAUCCUGGUCCACGUACUCCUAAAUAUCCUUGUCAAAUAUGCUCCAAAGCGGUAACAUGGAAACAGAGAGGGGUGGCGUGUGAUGAUUGCAGUAAAUGGUACCACGCAGACUGCAUGUUAAUAUCUACACCUGUAUAUAACGCACUGGACAAUUCCAACAUUUCAUGGCAUUGUGUAAAUUGUGGAAUGCCGAAUUUUUCGUCAUCAUUAUUUGAGUCCUUUAUCAUCGACUCAACUUAUAACUCGUUCCAAUCUUUAUCCAGUGAAACAUCAAUAUCAAGCCCAGGACCACCCACAUACUCAUCGUCACCUAAGCAGAAAAGCAAAAAAGACCAGCAGAAACAAAACAAGAAAGGUAAAAACACAAAAAUCGUAGUUGUGAACUUUCAAAGUAUUAAAAAUAAAAAAGAAGAAUUACUGAACAUGAUAGACACUUCCAAUCCCGAAAUUAUAUUAGGGACUGAAACAUGGUUAAGACCAGACAUAUUAAGCUCUGAGAUAUUUCCACCACAAUACUCAGUUUAUAGAAAAGAUCGUUCUGAUGGAUACGGAGGUGUAUUGAUAGCUGUAAGAGAUAUCAUCAUCAGCGAAGAACUACCCGUACAAAGUGACACAGAAUCAUUAUAUAUUAGAGUAACAACACCUGACAGUAAAUCUAUCAUAGUAGGAUGUAUCUAUAGACCACCCAGUAGCGAUAUCACCUACAUGGAAAAAAUGUGCAACAUGACAGAAGAAGUUUAUAAAGAGAAUAAAUCGUCUAUAUUAUGGCUAGGAGGAGACAUAAACCUUCCUGAUAUUGACUGGAAAUCCAAUUCAGUAUGCGGCAACCAAUAUUCUACACAACUCAAUAAUAGGUUCGUAGAUAUGGUUAAUAACUGCUGCCUAGACCAAGUGGUAACAUUUCCCACUAGAGGAUCCGCAACACUGGAUAUUUUCCUCACAAACAGACCAUCCUUGGUAAAUAGAUGCGAGCCAAUUCCUGGAAUAGGCGACCACGACAUCGUCUUCAUUGAUAGUAAUGCCAUCGCAAUGCACCCAAAACCAACACAAAGAAAAAAUUACAUUUGGAAGAGAGCAGACAUAGAGAAAAUGAAAUCAGAUGCACAGGAACUAUCUGAAAAAUUUCAUGGCUUGUAUAACGCUCAGAGCUCAAUAUCAGAGAUGUGGGAGUUCAUAAAAACAGGACUCAAGAACAUUCAAGACAAAAACGUACCAUCAAAAAUGUCAUCAACAAGAUUCCAUCAACCUUGGAUAAAUGGCACAAUAAAACGUAUUACACGAAAAAGAAAGCUUUUAAAAAAGCCCAAACAACAAAAACAACAAAAGACAUCAAGAGAUACAAAACUAUCAAAAAGAACUCACAGAAAGAAUGUAAGAAGGCCUAUUCAACAUAUAUCCACGACAUUAUAA